CGCAAGCGAGGUGACCAUCGGUUCUCGGAACUGGCCUCUAGGGCGUAGCCUCCGCCUGCCUCAGAGCAGUCCUGCAGUCUGCCUACCAGGUCAUGAUGUAAGUGCGCGGGGGUGGGGGAAGAGGCAUGAGGAAUUCAGUGGUGCCUGCUUGUGCCCAGUGACUGAGACAGGGCUCUGGAUGCAGAGAGUCUGCAUUGAAAGCUGGGUAUUCUUGGCUCCACCCCGGGGUGCCCCCAUUUCCACCUCCAGGUCUCAUCACUCUGGUAGUGCACAGGUGAAAAAAAAUCUCCCAAGAAGAGCAGGAGAGCACACACCAAAUCCUGAGGAGCCUUCCCAAACUACUCAGGCAGAUGGAAGGUCAGGCAGGCGCCACUGCAUACACACACACACACACACACACACACACACACCACACAAGCACGCACUGUCAUAGGCCUCUCCCACACCUACUCCAUCACCGACAGACACUCUGCCCCCCGGCACACAGGACCACAGAGUAAUGGCCACUGGGGCCUGGAAAACUUUUUGACCUGUCAGCUCUGAUACAGGUGACAGCCAGGCAGGCAAAAACCACUUCUUAUGGCCAACUUGAAAAGCCAUCGGCAUUGACCUAGGUAAAAUAACUGCAUCUGGGUAGGACCAAAUCAACACAAAACUCAGGCCCGCAGAGGCUGAGCAAAGACAGGGCAGAAUCAUUGAUUCCAAACAGAAGGAGGGAAGCGGAUCUCCCUGAUGCCAGAGCUGCAAACUCAACCAGGAAAGCUAGAAGUGCUAAAAAUACUGGCCCCAAGAGAAAAGUCAUCGUGCCAGUGGCACAACUGGUCAAAUCUGUUACAGCCUUUUUUGGGGGGUGGGAGAGGGUGGGGGGCUGUGGAGAAAAAUCUGAAGAAUCUUUCUUGUGAAAUGUGUGUCAAAAUUAUUGGUCUCAAUCAGAGACCAAGUAAAAGAUGUGAAACCUAGCCAGGCAUGGUGGCACAAAUCUUUAACACCAGCACUCAAGAGGAAAAGGCAAGCAGAUCUCUGUGAGUUCCAGGCCAGCCUGGUCUACAUAGCCAGUUCCAGGACAGCCAGAGCUACAUAACAGAGAGACCCUAUCUGAAAAAACAAAACAAAACCCAAACCCUUUCUUUUCUUUUCUCUUUCUUUCUUUCUCUUUCAUUUUUCUUCUUUUUUUGUGGUUCUGAGACAGGCUUUCGUAGAACCCAGAAUGGCCUCCAAUGGAGGCUAGGUACAGAUCCUCCUAUCUCUAGCUCCAUAGUGCUGGGAUUACAGGUAGAGGCCACCAGAGCUAGUUUAAUAAAACAUUUUUAACAGUUUUGUAUGGAAGAUCAAUCAAUUCACAUAAACCAGGGAAUUGUGUUUUACUCUGAAAAGUGUUCUCCAUUUAAAAUGUGUUGAAAGAGUUCAGUUGGUAAAGCUCACUCCUAGCAACACAUGAAGCCCUGGGUUCAAUUCCCAGCACCACAUUAACCUGGGUGUGAAGGCACACCUGUAGUUUCUAGCACUCAGAAAGGUGAAAGCAAUAGAACCAGAAGUUCAAGGAAAAUAUUCAGCUGUGUAUUGAGGCCAACAUCCUACCUCAACAAUACAUAAAUGUAGCCAGGCAUGGUGAUACAUACAUGCCUUUAAUCCCAGCACAGAUAAAUCUCUGUGAGUCUGAGCUCACGUAGUGGAUUUCUGGCCACUCAGGACUAUACAGUUUGACCAUGUCUUAGCUGGAUGGUGGUGGUGCAUGCCUUUGAUCCAAGCACUCAGGAGGCAGAGGCAGGCAGAUUUCCUCGAGUUCAAGGCCAGCCUGGUUUACCGAGUGAGUUCCAGGAGAGCCAGUGCUACACAAAGAAAUCCUGUCUUAGCCCCCUAAAAAACAAACAAACAAACAAAAAAACAAAAACAAGUUGAUCCCAUCUCAAAAUAAUGAACACUAAAUUUUAGUUGGUUUUUUUUUUUCCCACUCAGAGAUGCAAAGAUGUAGUGAGUGGAAGCUGCUGGAAAUCAGAUGGUGGAUUUCAAACCGAGGGCUAUAGUUCAGUUAGGGAGAAACCCUAACUGAGAAACCCUGAGUUCCACUACUAACUAAAUAAACCCGAGGAUCCCAAGUGUCCUAGAAUUGGUUCAGAAGUACACAUAUAUGCAUGCCCUCCUCUGAAGGGCACCUGGCACAUCCCCCGUCCCCACUGUCUGAUACCAUUGACCUUCCUAAGAAGAGACAGUGGGGCUACUGUGACCCCCACAGGAUUCCGCCUACCUCACAAUGGGCCCCUGAGGUCACUGCAGAGAUGACUUCACCAGCCCCCCUAGCCCACAGCACAAAUCUGCUGAGGCCAACCGUGGGUGAUCAUCCCCGGUCCUCCCUCUGGCCACCCAGGAGGUGUGGCCCAGACCCCUACAAGAGGAGCCUCUGAGGGAAGCAGAAGCCAGAAUACAACUCACCCACUACUGAGAGGAAACCGGGUGGACACCCUCCAGCCGCCACCCUGGAGGUCCUAGCACCCAGUGCCCUUCAGCCUUCCCUGGGAGAGACGCAGAGAGACAUGUCGCCGGCGACAACACCUGCAGCCCCAAACGCUGGGGUGGCUGCAGACCAAGAUGCCAGCACAUCAGGGGACCGGAGCAAGAGUGAGACUAAGACCGGACCCCACACCACCACCACCCAGACCCUCCGGAAGCCCACCAUGUCGAAGGUGAUUCUGAGGGCUGUGGCCGACAAGGGGUUACACAGCCGGGUGUCCCUCGCUGCCUUGAAGAAAGCUGUGACCACCACAGGCUACAAUAUGGCCCAGAACACCUGGCGUUUCAAGCGCGUGCUCCAGAAUCUAGUGAAGAAAGGCAUGCUCAAGCAGGUGACCGGCAAGGGCGCCUCAGGCUCUUUCCGCCUGGGCAACAAGCAGGCCUUCAAGUCCCAGCGCAAGGCCAAGAGACGCCAGAAGAGGCAGCCGAGGCAGAAGCCCGGGCAGCGCCAAUCUGUAUCACGCCGGUCACUACUAGGCUCCAAAAAGAGCCAAACACGGCUUUUCAAGGGAGUUCGUAGGGUAGCCAAAGGCCGCCGCCAUUGAAAAGGCAGGUCAGGCAGGGCGCCGGGCUUGCCACAAGCUCAGACAAGUGGGAAUAAAAGCCCAACUUAUUUCACGAUCGCCUUCUGGAAUCUUUGGGUUUCCGAGGGUGGGGAAAUUAGGCCAGGGGCUGAGGGGGUGAGGGAAUGGGAAGUGGGGAGAGGCCAUGUGUAGGAGGCACCCGAGGCAGAAUAAGAUGGGCUUGGAGUCUGUCCCACGCCUGUAAAACCAGCACUCAGCACUGGGCUGGGGAGGCCAGAGGCAGGCGGAUUGCUGUGAGUUCGAGGACACCCUGGUCUACGUUAAGUCCAGGACAGGACAGCCAAGUCUACAUGGAGAAAUCCCAUCUCAGAAGGCCAA